GGAUCCCAUUGGAAAGAAGAGGUCUGGGUUUAUCCAGAGAACGUCCUCUUUCCUGCAGAGAGGAGCUGACUCUGCGUCGGUCGACCCUUUGGUGCUGGAGCAGUAUGUCGUGGUGGCGGACUACCAGAAGCAGGAGAGCUCCGAGAUCAGCUUGUGCGUGGGCCAGUUGGUGGAUAUCAUUGAGAAGAACGAAUCAGGCUGGUGGUUUGUGAGCACAUCAGAGGAGCAAGGCUGGGUGCCAGCAACCUGCCUGGAAGCCCAGGAUGGUGUCCAGGAUGAGUUCUCAAUGCAGCCCGAGGAAGUCCCAUGGAGAUACUGGUCUCUGCCCAGGCACGUUGGCCGCCGUCGGACUCUUGGGGACUUGUACAGCAGUCGAUGGGGUCAAGAGGAGAAGUACACCGUUAUUUACCCAUAUACUGCAAGAGACCAAGAUGAAAUGAACCUGGACAGAGGGGUUGUGGUAGAGGUGAUCCAGAAGAACCUGGAGGGCUGGUGGAAAAUCAGGUACCAGGGCCAAGAAGGCUGGGCCCCCGCCUCCUACCUCAAAAAGGGGAAUGGAGAGAUGUUCUCACAGAAGCUGGGGUCAGGCUCCUCUGCUCAUUCGUGUGCCUUGGAUCUGGAUGGCAUCUCCCGGCAGCAGGUCGUGGCAAGCCGAGAGAAGGAUGGACUCGCUGGCCAAAGGGACGGGAGAUUUGACAGCCGUCCCCUGCCGAAUGCUGACAUCCGACGCAAGUCACCAAAGAUGAGGCAGAGACCCCCUCCUCGCCGUGAUCUCACCAUACCACGUGGUUUGCACCUGCCUAAACCUCCUGUCCCUCCUCAAGUGGAAGAGGAAUAUUAUACCAUCGCUGACUUCCAGACCACCAUCCCUGAUGGCAUCAGCUUCCAGGCAGGAAUGAAAGUAGAGGUUAUUGAGAAGAACCUGAGUGGCUGGUGGUACAUUCAGAUUGAGGAGAAGGAAGGCUGGGCCCCCGCCACCUUCAUCGAUAAGUACAAGAAAACCAGCAAUGCAUCCAGGCCGAAUUUCCUGGCUCCACUACCCAACGAGAUGGCCCAGCUCCGGCUCAGCGAUGUCACAGCCGACAGCAGCACCAGCGAGGAAGUGACGGGACCGUGCCGUCCUCUGCCGGAGGCUCCUCCUAACGGUAUGGACUGUGGUGGGAAGUGGACCAAGGACUGGAAGGGGAAGGAGGCUCCCGGGAGUGGGGACCUAGCCUUUGCUGGUGGCUACGAGGAGAUCUCGGACCGUGACCCAGAGGAGAAGCCCAGCCUGCCGCCCAGGAAGGAGUCCAUCAUUAAAUCGGAAGGCGAGUUACUGGAGAGGCAGAGGCCUCCCCCCAAGCCCCCAGGCAUGAUUUUGCCCAUGAUCCUACCCAAGCAGUCGGUGACCCCGAAGGACAGCAAGAAGCCCGAGCUGAAACCAGAGAAGAGUAAACUCUUCCAGCUGAAAAACGAAAUGGGACUGGAAUGUGGACACAAGGUAUCAGCCAAGGAAGUGAAAAAGCCAAACCUCCGGCCUAUUGUCAAGCCAACCAAGCCAAAAGCUGAGCCUGUGGAGGAUAAGCCUGAACCCAUUGCCCAGAAUCCUUUCUUGAAGUCAAGACCUCAGAUCAGGCCAAAGCCCUCUGCAGCCCCCCGGACUGACCCACCUCCAGCUGAUGAUAAACUGGACAUUUGCAGCCUGCGGAGCAAGCUUAGACCUGCAAAGUGCCCAGAGAAACCCUCCGAGCAGGACACAGCUGCUGGCGAAAGCUCCUUCAGUAAUGCCAUGGUCUCUUCAGAGGCUUCUGGAAGGUGUCAGGAGCGACCAGGCAUGGAGAGCAAACCCCUGCCCAAGCUGGACAGCCACGCCGCAAAAGAGGUGCUGCCAAAAUCUCCCCUGGGCCCAGCAAACACCCCGGGUGCCAGGGACCCCCCACCACAGCGCCCCGUUGUGCCCUCACCCCCCCCAAAGAAAACGGGGGCUCCUGCCUCCAACCCCGCAGCAGAGCUCAGGGCCCCGGCACGGGAAGCGCCUGAAAUCAGGUCGUCCCCGGUCCCGGGGAGGCCCAUGCUGGUUCCUCCAAAAGCCAAGCCGUUCCUCUCUGCCUCCAUCCAAGAUGAAGCCAAAGUGAAAAGCAGCAUAAGCCCAAAGGUCAUAUCCAAGCCAGUGGAGAGAGGGGAAGCCAAGGAGAGGACCUCAGCUCCUGUCUCCAGUCCGGACGUCUCCAGGGAAGCUCUCUACGUGGCAGUGGCGGGUUUUGAAGGUGACGAGGAGACCAACAGUUUUAAAGAAGGGACUUUGUUCGAAGUUCACGAGAAGAACAGCAGCGGCUGGUGGUUUUGCAAGGUCCUGACUGGGGGGCCAUGCUGGGAGGGCUGGAUCCCUUCCAAUUACCUACGGAAGAAGCCCUAG